CGAAAUAUCCUUUUUGAGAAUUGAAUUUAAUGCAUGGAACCAUCAAUUUACACUGGACUUAGAACAAAACAGACAUCAUGCAGUCCACGGAGCUAAAGAAAUAUUUUUUGCAUCACAACAGAUCAUUGGUACAAGAUCGAUACCAACCGAUUGUCAAUACGAGGGCAUAGUUGAAGAGAUACAUGGGUCAUUCGUAUCACUAGACGUCUGCAAUGGACUAAGGGGUCUCAUAUUGUCUGGGAGUGACACUCUUUUCAUUGAGCCAAGGCUACCACAUGAACAGAAGAAUAAUUUUGGUGAUCACGUGAUCUCUGAUAGUGGUCCGAAGAGCGAAUGGAGGAGUUUAUAUUCUACAUCAAAACAACACCAACACAGAAGGGUGAGACGAGAAGUAACCGAUGAAAUGAAGUACAUCACAGCUAAUAUAAUGAUCUCCUCAAGCUUUAAUGACAGAUAUAAUGUUAACACAACGGCUUCAGAUCAAGCUAAUAGAAUCGUGGUCAUUGCAAAUCACUUUCUCGACCCUUUAAAAGCAAACGUCAUAGUAGGGAGUAUAUCCAUCUUUAUGGACGAAGAUCCAGUCGAGACCACUUCAAACCUUCACUGGAUGCUUGCUGACUUGGAAAAUGUAGUUAGAAAUUUGACGCACGACGAAACCGUCACAGAAUAUAUAACCGCUGUGGAUGAGCCCUUGUCAGACGUCGACCGAGAAAACUUUGCAUUCGGGGCGGCAACACUCGGCACCAUGUGCACACCACGCGCCGUGGGAAUAGUCAAGGACCUUGGUGUUCUUUUCCUGGUGCAAUCUGCUGGGACAUUUGCUCGGAAUAUUGCAAGAAACUUUGGACUCUUAAACGAGGAUUACUAUGAAGAAAGAGACGGCAUUACCUGCAGUUGCAGCGGUGAAGGCCGGUGCGUUAUGUCACCAGAUACAUCUGUAUGGUUGGAUGCGCCACCGGUUGUCUUCGCACAAUGCACCAUUCAAGAAUACGAGGCUAUUCUUCGAGCAGGUCACAUACGAUGUCUUUACGGUCCACAUGAUCAAUCCCCAACGAGUCCAAGAUGUGGUAAUAAUAACGUUGAUGAAGGAGAGGAUUGUGACUGCGGUGAUAGGAAUUGCUCAUGUUGUGAUGAGACAUGCCAUUUUACAGAAGGUAGUGAAUGCCAAGAUGGAGAUUGUUGCGACCAGUGUAAGUUGAUGAGUGGAAACAUAUGCCGAGAAGCAAGUGGAGAGUGCGACCUGGCAGACACAUGCGAUGGUAUAUCGGGAGAGUGUCCAGCUGACGAUUAUCUUCAUGACGGAACACCUUGUGGUAACGGAAGUGGAUAUUGUUACCAAGGUCGUUGUCCAACUUUAGAUGACCAGUGCCAGGCUUCAAUGGGAGACGAUGCAGUAGCAGCUAGUGGAGGCUGUUACCAGGGCAACACAAACGGGAUAAGGCCAGACGGUCGUUGUGGUAUUGAUGCAAUCUCUUUGACUGACGGCAGUUACAACGUUACCUAUGCACCUUGUGAUUCUGGGAGCGCAUAUUGUGGGGCUCUAAAAUGCACAAAUGCAGAACAGCUAAAUGGGGUAGGGUUCCAGACACUUGACUCAAGUUCGAAUGGCUCUUGCUCAUCCUUGUGGGUUUCAGACUAUUUUCGGAUAGACUUCAGCGGUCUCGGGGAUGUGACACGCGGGACGAAGUGUGGAGAAGGCCAGGUGUGCUUUGACUACAACUGCGAAUCAAUCGAGUAUGCGUAUUCUUUAGACAAUUGUCCGGUUGGUACAUCGGGUGCUGUAUGUUCAGGAAACGGGCAAUGCACCAGAUCAUUUAACUGUUUCUGCGAUGAAGACUGGACAGGACCAACAUGCGGCACACCACUCGUCCCCCUCUUCAUCACCGUUACCGACUCUGACGACAAGGGGCUUGGGGAUGCCAUGGUCCUUGUGGUAUCUGGCAACGAGAACUACCUGUUUUCCACUCCAGCUGACUCGGGAUCUGUCACCGCUACGGUGCCGUUGUCUUCCACGGGACGCAUUGGUGUAAUUGUGACCAAACUGGGAUAUGCCGCCAGCGGUUUUCAAUGGGAAUGGGGAGAUAACACAACUCCUUCUGUUCAGCUGGGAUUGCUGGUUAAUGGCUCGUUUGAAGCUAAUGUGAAUGAGAGUGGAGAAGAGUCUUUCAUUUUGGAGACACAAGAAGGCGGUUCUAUCAAGAUCCCAGCCGCAACAGAACAAACCAUUUCAGGAUCACUUCCUGGGUACCUAAUCAUCCAUGGCCAGUCUUCACUUUUGCCAGAGACUGUCUUUGAGGAUGUCAGCAACACCUUGGUAGUCAUCGAUCCAUACGUAGCAGUAGAAUUGUCUUUGAUCAACGGCACAGAUGGGGAGAUCGAGGGUCUGGAGAAUGUGACUUUCAGAGUUCCUGUUUCAGAGGAUUCUCAACUUUCUGAAGGGGACGUCUUGCCUGCCUUCUAUUUUAAUGAAGAUACUGGUCUGUGGAUGCAAAAUGGCAACUGGAGGGUAUUAGAUGGUGAAAGCAAUUCUUCACUGUUCUUGGAACACAUAUCUCCGAGUCUGGACUCAUGGAUUCUGGCAGCAGCCAUUGAUGUUUCGACAACAUCUGAAUACACUUCAACAUUACUGUCAUCAGAAACUACACAGGUCACAAGCCCAGUAACAACAACCAUACAAACAACAUCAACUGCUACCUCAGUGGACACACCUACAGAAACCACUAUGUCAUCUACACAGCCUCCAAGUUUUUCAACCACAGGAGAAAGUACGACGGCAUCUACAGAGACAUUAAGUGUUACAACAUCUGUUGAAACUACCACAGCAUCUGCAAAAAGCACUACAGGUUCAACAGAGAUAACGGCUGUAACAACCACUGUAGAAUCUACUCCAGAUUCUACAGACAUGCCAAGUUUUACAACCAUUAUAGAAACCACUCCAACAACUUCAGAGACAACAACCACAGUAGAAAGCACUACAGGUACACAUGUGACAAUGGGUGAAACAACCACUGUAGAAUCUACUCCAGAUUCAACAGAUACACCAAGUGUUACAACCAUUACAGAAACCACUCCAACAACUUCAGAGACAACAACCACAGUAGAAAGCACUACAGGUACACCUGUGACAACGGGUGAAACAACCACUGUAGAAUCUACUCCAGAUUCAACAGAUACACCAAGUGUUACAACCAUUAGAGAAACCACUCCAACAACUUCAGAGACAACAACCACAGCAGAAAGCACUACAGGUACAACAGUGACAACGGGUGAAACAACCACUGUAGAAUCUACUCCAGAUUCAACAGACACACCAAGUGUUACAACCAUUACAGAAACCACUCCAACAACUUCAGAGACAACAACCACAGUAGAAAGCACUACAGGUACAACAGUGACAACGGGUGAAACAACCACUGUAGAAUCUACUCCAGAUUCAACAGAUACACCAAGUGUUACAACCAUUAGAGAAACCACUCCAACAACUUCAGAGACAACAACCACAGUAGAAAGCACUACAGGUACAACAGUGACAACGGGUGAAACAACCACUGUAGAAUCUACUACAGAUUCAACAGACACACCAAGUGUUACAACCAUUAUAGAAACCACUCCAACAACUUCAGAGACAACAACCACAGUAGAAAGCACUACAGGUACACCUGUGACAACGGGUGAAACAACCACUCUAGAAUCUACUCCAGAUUCAACAGAUACACCAAGUGUUACAACCAUUAUAGAAACCACUCCAACAACUUCAGAGACAACAACCACAGCAGAAAGCACUACAGGUACAACAGUGACAACGGGUGAAACAACCACUGUAGAAUCUACUACAGAUUCAACAGACACACCAAGUGUUACAACCAUUAUAGAAACCACUCCAACAACUUCAGAGACAACAACCACAGUAGAAAGCACUACAGGUACAACAGUGACAACGGGUGAAACAACCACUGUAGAAUCUACUACAGAUUCAACAGACACACCAAGUGUUACAACCAUUAUAGAAACCACUCCAACAACUUCAGAGACAACAACCACAGUAGAAAGCACUACAGGUACACCAGUGACAACGGGUGAAACAACCACUGUAGAAUCUACUACAGAUUCAACAGACACACCAAGUGUUACAACCAUUAUAGAAACCACUCCAACAACUUCAGAGACAACAACCACAGCAGAAAGCACUACAGGUACAACAGUGACAACGGGUGAAACAACCACUGUAGAAUCUACAACAGUGCCUACAGAGACACCAGAAAUUGUUAUACCAUUGAUAGUCUCUGCAUUUACUUCCAGUGGUUCCCCCCUCUUGAACACUAAUGUUCGUAUUUCCAGUCAGAACGAAACCCUUGUUCUUUCCUCUGGCGAUGAUUCAAACAUGGUCCAGAUCAAUCAGACAAUUCCUCGUGAUAGCAGGAUUGGGGUCAUCGCUACAAAACAAGGUUUUGCUUCUAACGGUUUCUUAUGGCAGGAUGGCACCCCAACUAAUCGCUCAUUACAACUUCAAGAAUGGACAAUCAUCAAUGACAUUCCUAUUUCCCUGAGUGGUGGGCAACUCCUUGUGUCAUUUGAAGCAGAAAAUGGAGCAACUGUUGAUUUCAAAACUGGUUUCAACCCGCUGCCUGAUAGCAUUGGUUAUGCUACAAGCAAUGGACCAGCACCCUACCUUCCCGAGGGGGUGACGGAGGACGGAUACGGUGAUCUCAUGCCCAUCUAUCCUUUGGCAGCUAUGGACCUGGCCCUUCUACAGAGUGGAGCCAGAGAAGAAAUUGAUUUAGAAGAUGUAGUCUUUACCUUACCCAUCUCCCCUGAUAGUGGUGUGAGUGCAGGAGACAAUGUAACUGCUUACCUUUUUGAUGAAGCUACUGGUUUAUGGAGAGAGGAUGGUGUAGGAGAAAUCAUCCUGGAUGAUGUCUCCAAUCUUGUCUGGAGGUACACCGCAGCAAUGCCUUCUUCUUGGCUAAUGGCAGCCUCGACACCACCACCACCACCUACAACCACAACAUCCACAACAACCGAGAUGCCAGGGAUUCAAGCAUCCCUGACAGUUGCUGUGGUCUCCUCUAAUGGCUACCCACUGGUCAACACUUCUAUUCUUGUCUACAACGAGAACGAAACAACAUAUCUCAGUACCGGUCCGGAAUCCAAUGUGGUGGAGAUUGAUGAGACUGUCCUGCAGGAUCAAUGGUUUGGGGUCGUUGCCACUAAUCAGGGAUAUGCUACCAAUGGAUUCAUUUGGCAGAGUGGCGAUGCUACAAAUGUCACAUUACAACUUAAAGAAUGGACAAGUGAUGAGCAAAUUUCUGGAUCCUUGAGCAAUGGCCAAUUUGUGAUAUUCUUCGAAGCAGACAAUGGAGCUACUGCAAGAUUCAGCACUGGCUUCUUCCCUCUCCCGCAUAGCAUUGGCUAUGCUACAAGCAAUGGACCAGCACCUUACCUUCCCGAGGGGGUGACGGAGGACGGAUACGGUGAUCUCAUGCCCAUCUAUCCUUUGGCAGCUAUGGACCUGGCCCUUCUACAGCGUGGAGCCAGAGAGGAAAUUGACCUGGAAGAUGUAGUCUUUACCUUGCCCAUCUCCCCUGAAAGUGGCGUGAGUGCAGGAGACAAUGUAACUGCUUACCUUUUUGAUGAAAAGACAGGUUUAUGGAUAAAAGAUGGCCAAGGAGAGGUGCUGGUAGAUGGUAACUCAAAUCUUGUCUGGAGUUAUACUUCGAGCAUGCCAUUGUCCUGGCUUUUGGCCGCCACAGUAGCACCACGACCAUUCACUACAACUAUGGCUGCCACUACAGAGAAUGCUACAACCAUUGUGACAACACCAACUAUGCCAUCAUCAUCUACCAUUGAUGGUUCAACAGCAACAUCAACCAUGGAAUUGUCAUCUACAGAUGAUGGCACAACAUCAUUAGUGACAGAGGCAUCGCAGUCUACAGAAAAUGGUACAACAUCGACACCGAUCAUCGCAACAUCAUCUACAGACGUUGGUACAACAUCAACUCCAACAAGUUCAGCACCUCUUAAUGUCACUGGUACACCUCCACCACCUCCCCCACCAACACCCCCACCCCCUCCGCCACCAACAGAGAAUGCUACAACCGUUGAAACAACAUCAACACCAACCAUGGCCCCAUCCUCUACAGACAAUGGUACAACAUCUGAUGUGACAAUGACACCAUCACCUACAGACGAUGGCACAACAUCAACAGUGACAAUAACACUGCCAUCUACAGACGAUGGUACAACAUCAAAAGUGACCAUUACACCAUCAUCUACAGAUGAUGGUACAACAUCAACUCCAACAAGUUCAGCAUCUGUUAAUGUCACUGGUACACCUCCACCACCUCCUCCACCUACACCGCCACCCCCACCGCCACCAACAGAGAAUGCUACAAUAGUUGAGACAACAUCAACACCGACCAUUGCAUCAUUAUCUACAGUCAAUGGUACAAUAACAACAGUCACAAUAGCACCACCAUCUACAGACAAUGGCACAACAUCAAAUGUGACCAUGGCACCAUCAUCUACAGACGAUGGUACAACAUCAAAAGUGACCAUGGCACCAUCAUCUACAGACGAUGGCACAACAUCAAAUGUGACCAUGGCACCAUCAUCUACAGACGAUGGCACAACAUCAAAUGUAACCAUGGCACCAUCAUCUACAGAUGAUGGUACAACAUCAACACCAACAAGUUCAGCACCUGUUAAUGUCACUGGUACACCUCCACCACCUCCCCCACCAACACCCCCUCCGCCACCAACAGAGAAUGCUACAAUAAUUGAAACAACAUCAACACCAACCAUGGCCUCAUCAUCUACAGAUGAUGGUACAACAUCAACAGUGACAAUUGCAUCAACAUCUACAGACGAUGGUACAACAUCAAAAGUGACCAUGACACCAUCAUCUACAGAUGAUGGUACAACAUCAACACCACCAAGUUCAACACCUGUUAAUGUCACUGGUACACCUCCACCACCUCCUCCACCUACACCCCCACCCCCACCGCCACCAACGGAGAAUGCUACAAUAGUUGAGACAACAUCAACACCGACCAUGGCAUCAUCAUCUACAGACGAUAGUACAAUAUCAAAUGUAACCAUGUUACCAUCAUCUACAGACAAUGGCACAACAACAAAUGUGACCAUGGCACCAUCAUCUACAGACGAUGGUACAACAUCAAAAGCGACCAUGGCACCAUCAUCUACAGACGAUGGCACAACAUCAAAUGUGACCAUGGCACCAUCAUCUACAGACAAUGGCACAACAUCAAAUGUAACCAUGGCACCAUCAUCUACAGACGAUGGCACAACAUCAAAUGUGACCAUGGCACCAUCAUCUACAGACGAUGGCACAACAUCAAAUGUGACCAUGGCACCAUCAUCUACAGACGAUGGUACAACAUCAAAUGUGACCAUGGCACCAUCAUCUACAAACGAUGGCACAACGUCAAAUGUGACCAUGGCACCAUCAUCUACAGACAAUGGCACAACAUCAAAUGUAACCAUGGCACCAUCAUCUACAGACGAUGGCACAACAUCAAAUGUGACCAUGGCAUCAUCAUCUACAGACGAUAGUACAAUAUCAAAUGUAACCAUGUUACCAUCAUCUACAGACAAUGGCACAACAUCAAAUGUGACCAUGGCACCAUCAUCUACAGACGAUGGUACAACAUCAAAAGCGACCAUGGCACCAUCAUCUACAGACGAUGGCACAACAUCAAAUGUGACCAUGGCACCAUCAUCUACAGACAAUGGCACAACAUCAAAUGUAACCAUGGCACCAUCAUCUACAGACGAUGGCACAACAUCAAAUGUGACCAUGGCACCAUCAUCUACAGACGAUGGUACAACAUCAAAAGCGACCAUGGCACCAUCAUCUACAGACGAUGGCACAACAUCAAAUGUGACCAUGGCACCAUCAUCUACAGACGAUGGCACAACAUCAAAUGUGACCAUGGCACCAUCAUCUACAGACAAUGGCACAACAUCAAAUGUAACCAUGGCACCAUCAUCUACAGACGAUGGCACAACAUCAAAUGUGACCAUGGCAUCAUCAUCUACAGACGAUAGUAUAAUAUCAAAUGUAACCAUGUUACCAUCAUCUACAGACAAUGGCACAACAUCAAAUGUGACCAUGGCACCAUCAUCUACAGACGAUGGUACAACAUCAAAAGCGACCAUGGCACCAUCAUCUACAGACGAUGGCACAACAUCAAAUGUGACCAUGGCACCAUCAUCUACAGACAAUGGCACAACAUCAAAUGUAACCAUGGCACCAUCAUCUACAGACGAUGGCACAACAUCAAAUGUGACCAUGGCACCAUCAUCUACAGACGAUGGUACAACAUCAAAUGUGACCAUGGCACCAUCAUCUACAGACAAUGGCACAACAUCAAAUGUAACCAUGGCACCAUCAUCUACAGACGAUGGCACAACAUCAAAUGUGACAAUGGCACCAUCAUCUACAGACAAUGGCACAACAUCAAAUGUAACCAUGGCACCAUCAUCUACAGACGAUGGCACAACAUCAAAUGUGACCAUGGCACCAUCAUCUACAGAUGAUGGUACAACAUCAAAAGCGACCAUGGCACCAUCAUAUACAAACGAUGGCACAACAUCAAAUGUGACCAUGGCACCAUCAUCUUCAGACGAUGGCACAACAUCAAAUGUAACCAUGGCACCAUCAUCUACAUACAAAGGCACAACAUUAAAUGUAACCAUGGCACCAUCAUCUACAGACGAUGGCACAACAUCAAAUGUCUUAGCCAGCCUUUCUGCAAUGGUGUUGGAUACAAAUGAUGCUCCAAUGGCCAAUUCUACAUUGCUCUUUAGAUUACUAGGUGGAAAUAUCACCACUGUCACCACUGAUGCAUCAGGUGUCGGAACAUUUGAAGCUAUUGUUCCAGAAGGUGGGAGGGUUGCAGUGGUAGCAAGUGGGUCUGGUUAUGCAAGUAAUGGACUGCUGUGGAGCACUUCAGAUGACCAAAAUAUCACCCUUCGACUACUUCAGCUUCAACCAGUCACGCCCGCCCAAAUUGGGGAAUACUCUGUCUUUGAAGUAACUGAUAACAGCACAGGAGAGAACUAUGUUGCAAUCACCCGUAUCCAGAGCAAUCAACUCUCUGAAAACGUCUCUGUUGGUGCUGCAUUGAUCGUCGGAGGAGGUUCAGAAGUGGUUCCGCAUACAAUCAUCGUAGACGAUAGUGGUUCCUUCCGGGAUGUCGAGAGCCUAGUGGCUAUAGAGUUGACGGUGACUGAUGAAAAUGGGGAUGAUGUCAAAGGAAUGGAAAACAUCACCUUCACGCUUCCACUUGGAACCUUUGAUGAGCUAGGUGCAGGAGAGUCUCUGGAAGCAUUCUUUUACAAUGAAAAAACUGGUUUCUGGGAGGAGUCUGGCAGUGGUACCAUACUCGUUGAUGCCCAGGGGAUGAGGCAAUGGGUGUUUGUUGCACCCCAUAUCACCUGGUGGAUGGCUGGAAGACUGGUGGCACUACCUGUCACAAGUACUCCUGCUACAACCCUUCCCACAGGCUUGCCCUCUAACGAUGGUACAACAUCUGAUGUGACCAUGGUACCAUCAUCCCCUGAUAAUGGUACAACAGCAGAAACAACCAUUGCCACGACUGCAUCCUCAGACAAUGGUACAACAGUAGAAUCAACCAUGGCCACGACUCCAACAUCAGCACCAACAAGUUCAGCACCAGGCAAUGUCACUGGUACACCUCCACCACCUCCUCCACCAACACCUCCACCCCCUCCGCCACCAACAGAGAAUGCUACGACCGUUGAAACAACAUCAACACCAACCAUGGUACCAUCAUCCCCUGAUAAUGGUACAACAGCAGAAACAACCAUUGCCACGACUCCAUCCUCAGACAAUGGUACAACAGUAGAACCAACCAUGGCCACGACUCCAUCCUCAGACAAUGGUACAACAGCAGAAACAACCAUUGCCAUGACUCCAUCCUCAGACAAUGGUACAACAGUAGAACCAACCAUGGCCAAGACUCCAUCCGCAGACUAUGGUACAACAGCUGAACCAACCAUGGCCACGACUCCAUUUUUAGACACUAUAAGAACAGUAGAACCAACCAUGGCCACGACUCCAUCCGCAGACUAUGGUACAACAGCUGAACCAACCAUGGCCACGACUCCAUUUUUAGACACUAUAACAACAGUAGAACCAACCAUGACCACGACUCCAUCCACAGACAAUGGUACAACAGCUGAACCAACCAUUGCCACGACUCCAUCCUCAGACUAUGGUACAACAGCUGAACCAACCAUGGCCACGACUCCAUUUUUAAGUACUAUAACAACAGUAGAACCAACCAUGACCACGACUCCAUCCUCAGACAAUGGUACAACAGCUGAACCAACCAUUGCCACGACUCCAUCCUCAGACUAUGGUACAACAGCUGAACCAACCAUGGCCACGACUCCAUUUUUAAGUACUAUAACAACAGUAGAACCAACCAUGACCACGACUCCAUCCACAGACAAUGGUACAACAGCUGAACCAACCAUUGCCACGACUCCAUCCUCAGACUAUGGUACAACAGCUGAACCAACCAUGGCCACGACUCCAUCCUCAGACUAUGGUACAACAGCUGAACCAACCAUGGCCACGACUCCAUUUUUAAGAACUAUAACAACAGUAGAACCAACCAUGACCACGACUCCAUCCUCAGACAAUGGUACAACAGCUGAACCAACCAUGGCCACGACUCCAUCCACAGACAAUGGUACAACAGCAGAACCAACCAUGGCCACGACUCCAUCCGCAGACUAUGGUACAACAGCUGAACCAACCAUGGCCACGACUCCAUUUUUAGACACUAUAACAACAGUAGAACCAACCAUGACCACGACUCCAUCCACAGACAAUGGUACAACAGCUGAACCAACCAUGGCCACGACUCCAUCCGCAGACUAUGGUACAACAGCUGAACCAACCAUGGCCACGACUCCAUUUUUAGACACUAUAACAACAGUAGAACCAACCAUGACCACGACUCCAUCCACAGACAAUGGUACAACAGCUGAACCAACCAUUGCCACGACUCCAUCCUCAGACUAUGGUACAACAGCUGAACCAACCAUGGCCACGACUCCAUUUUUAAGUACUAUAACAACAGUAGAACCAACCAUGACCACGACUCCAUCCACAGACAAUGGUACAACAGCUGAACCAACCAUGGCCACGACUCCAUCCACAGACAAUGGUACAACAGCAGAACCAACCAUGGCCACGACUCCAUCCGCAGACUAUGGUACAACAGCUGAACCAACCAUGGCCACGACUCCAUUUUUAGACACUAUAACAACAGCAGAACCAACCAUGACCACGACUCCAUCCACAGACAAUGGUACAACAGCUGAACCAACCAUGGCCACGACUCCAUCCGCAGACUAUGGUACAACAGCUGAACCAACCAUGGCCACGACUCCAUUUUUAGACACUAUAAGAACAGUAGAAUCAACCAUGACCACCACUCCAUCCACAGACAAUGGUACAACAGCUGAACCAACCAUGGCCACGACUCCAUCCACAGACUAUGGUACAACAGCUGAACCAACCAUGGCCACGACUCCAUCCGCAGACUAUGGUACAACAGCAGAACCAACCAUGGCCACGACUCCAUUUUUAGACACUAUAAGAACAGUAGAACCAACCAUGGCCACGACUCCAUCCACAGACAAUGGUACAACAGCAGAACCAACCAUGGCCACGACUCCUUCCACAGACAAUGUAACAACACUAUCUCCUGACAAUCGUACAUCACCAGUUGCUACGACCCUUCAGUCUGGCUUUGUCUUAGCCAGCCUUUCUGUAAUGGUGUUGGAUACAAAUGAUGCUCCAACGGCCAAUUCUACAUUGCUCUUUAGAUUACUAGGUGGAAAUAUUACCACUGUCACCACUGAUGCAUCAGGUGUCGGAACAUUUGAAGCUAUUGUUCCAGAAGGUGGGAGGGUUGCAGUGGUAGCAAGUGGGUCUGGUUAUGCAAGUAAUGGACUGCAGUGGAGCCCUUCAGAUGAUCAAAAUAUCACCCUUCGACUACUUCAGCUUCAACCAGUCACGCCCGCCCAAAUUGGGGAAUACUCUGUCUUUGAAGUAACUGAUAACAGAACAGGAGAGAACUAUGUUGCAAUCACCCGUAUCCAGAGCAAUCAACUCUCUGAAAACGUCUCUGUUGGUGCUGCAUUGAUCGUCGGAGGAGGUUCAGAAGUGGUUCCGCAUACAAUCAUCGUAGACGAUAGUGGUGCCUUCCGGGAUGUCGAGAGCCUAGUGGCUAUAGAGUUGACGGUGACUGAUGAAAAUGGGGAUGAUGUCCAAGGAAUGGAAGACAUCACCUUCACGCUUCCACUUGGAACCUUUGAUGAGCUAGGUGCAGGAGAGUCUCUGGAAGCAUUCUUUUACAAUGAAAAAACUGGUUUCUGGGAGGAGUCUGGCAGUGGUACCAUACUCGUUGAUGCCCAGGGGAUGAGGCAAUGGGUGUUUGUUGCACCCCAUAUCACCUGGUGGAUGGCUGGAAGACUGGUGGACCUACCUGUCACAAGUACUCCUGCUACAACCCUUCCCACAGGCUUGCCCUCUUCUACCCCAGGCUAUCUUGGCACGUUCCUAACCCGGACUCAAUUCUAUGUAGUCGUCCUCCUAUGUGCUCUCCUCAUUCUUCUUAUGUGCAUGCUCAGUACCUGGCCUUGUUGUGUUUGCAAGAAGAAAGAAAAGAAGAGCAUCAAUUUUGAGCCUCAGGAGAUGCUUGAGCAUCAGGGCACCACCGCGGAUGAAAACGAUUACCAGGAGUUUGUCUACACGAACCGCAGCAUGGAGGAAGAUGAGAUGGACAGCACCCCUUCGACGUCCAACCAGGACAUCGAACGUGGUGUCCCCGCUGAAGAGGAUGAACUCCCGGCCAAGAUUGAUAUCGUGAGCGAGUAUAAGUACGAGACGGAACAGUCACCAGAUCCUCAAGACGGUCUGGAAUUCACCACUUUCAAAGGAGCCGAGGAAACGGAUGGUGGUGGUGAAAAGGACGAAGCUGCAGAAGAAGAGACUUUGCUUGUUGAUGAUAAGGGUGUCAACACAGUAAAUGUAUCUUCUCCAGAGGAUAUUAGUCAACAACAACCUCAACAAAGUCCUAAAAAAGUUCGUUUCAGCGAAAGUGAUGAAUGAUCGUUUAUCUUUUCAUAUUCUCUUAUAAACAUGUAUAUGUUCAUGUCAAGAUAAUCAUUUCAUCACAUUUUCUUCAACUCUUUCUAUUUGUGGUAGUUUCAUGUAUAUGUCUAAAUCCUAAAUGAGACAGACACGUUUGCCUUCUUCCAGUUUGAAAGUUGAGAUGCAAUUUUUUUCAUGAAGGGAUCAUUUUAUCAUAUACCUUCACUUCUCAUAACCUCAGAUUGUAUCUAUGGUAAUAAUCUGUUAUUGAGUAAACUAAACAAUCAAAACAGUAAGAGAGAUCAUUGAAUUCUGAUGAGGAAUAACCUUAUUCUUGACAUUUUGAAGUUUUUCUUUUAUUUAUUCAAGGUCUUUUGAUUAAGCUUUACCAAUAAUUCUCAAUCUAUAUAUUUUGGUCACAUUAGCAUUACUUUAAUAAUAUAUUUUUACUGCAAAUCAAUGAUAUGUUUCCUAACCCUUCCCGGUUUUCCUAGGCAUUAGGUGGUUGCUGAUGUCUUGGAUGUGCAAUAUAUUUGAAAUACAGGUUUUUAGCAAAGCUAACAUGAGAAUCAUGGAAAGAUAAUGGUUGCUGGUAUCCUCUUAUAGUCUUAAAUAACCACUUAGCCCAACUUUCAUAGACUGGUGAAUGAAAAAAAAAAUGCUAUAAUUGUAAGAAAAUUUGCUUCCACCGAUUAAAUGGCGUAUUUUCAGAAGUUUUUAGCGGGAACUUGUAAAAACAUUUUUCUUAAUUUUUUCAUGACAUCUUAACCAAUGUUGGUUGCUUUUUUUAAUCUUACUUUUUCAUUAUAAUGCAAGACAAGUAGAACAUAUGUAACUGCUUGCUAUUCCUUUAAAUAUAUAGAGUUGCUGAAUGCUGACAUAAGAUGUAUUGAUGAAUUAAGAAGGAACCAAUAUUUUUAGCAUUUCCAAGAAAAAUGUGGAAAAUUUGGAGGAUAUUAAAAGCAGAUG